AUGUAUGAGAAGUUGCAGGAGCUAUUAAAGCUGAAAUCCGGCGGGGUUUAUGUUCCUCCCGCCAAAUUGAAGGCAUUAAUGGCAGAAGUUGAACUUGAGCAGGAUUCCGAGGAGUAUCAAAAGCUACAAUGGGAAACUUUGAAAAAGAAAAUAAAUAGCAUUAUCAAUCGUGUAAACAAAGGAAACAUAAAGAUAAUGGUAAUUGAGCUAUUCAAAUUAAAUUUGUUUAGAGGAAGAGGCGCUUUAUGCAAGAGUUUAAUAAGUUCACAACAGUUAUCGACUGCAUAUACAGACGUUUAUUCAUCUUUGGUUAGUGUCCUGAACUCAAAGAUUCCGGAGGUUGGAAACUUAUUAAUUAGGAGAUUGAUUGUGAGGUACAAAAGAUUGUUAAAACGUGAAGACAAGUACGGCUGCCGUGCUGUUCUUACUUUUUUGUCUGAUUUGGUGAUUUUUCACGUAUGUUGCCUUGAUCUAGUAAUGGAAAUUGUUCUACAAUUAUUGGAAGAACCCAGUGACUUCAAAGUAGAACUUGUUCUUGAAAUACUGAAUAUCUGUGGUGUUGAAAUGUAUGAUAAUGAAAGUACAUGGUUUGAUCAAGUAAAAAAUACUCUUCGAAAUAUUCUCUCUGAAGAUCUUGUGGAUAGUCGAUCUCAGUUAUUGAUUCAAUCGUUUUUUGAUACAUUCAAUAAGAAAUUAAAGGAGGGACAGGCUCUUGAUGAAGACUUAGAUUUAGUCGACGAAGAUGACUAUGUAGUACACAAGUUUAGCUUGAAAGACAGAGUUCAAGGAGAUGACCAAUUAGACGUCUUCCAAUAUGACAAAGAUUAUAAGCAGCAUAAUGAGAAGUAUAAUUUGCUGAGAAAAGAGAUUUUGGGUAGUGAUGUUGAGUCAGAACCUGAAGAAAAAACUGGAGAUAAUUCUGAUUUUUCAAGUGAUAAUGAAGAGGAUGAAGAGGGAGAUGAUGACGAAGAAACGGAAGAUAGCAAAAGAUUGACUGUACAAAUAAAAGAUCUUACGGAACAGGAGUUAACGAACUAUCAAAAAAAUGUCUAUCUUACGGUUAUGUCCAGUAUGAGCCCUGAAGAAGCAACCCACAAACUCUUAAGAUUACCCUCAAUUGACCCGAGUCGCAAGGAGUACAUGUUAGUAGAUAUGAUUGUCAAAUGUUGUGCACAGGAAAAAGUGUACUCCAAGUAUUACGGAAUAAUUGGAGAAUGUUUAGUUGUGAUGGGCAAGGCUUGGUCGGGGGCUUUUCAGCAAUUGUUCAAGGAAAACUACGAAAACUGCUACAAGUUUGAAACUGCAUUGCUAAGAAAUAUUGGUGCGUUUUGGGGACAUAUGCUAGCUUCUGAUAAAUUAGGAUGGGAGUGUCUUUCGGCGGUAAAGCUAACCGAGAAAGACACAACAUCAUCGGGUCGUAUUUUUCUAAAGUUUGUCUUCUUGAAGUUGUUAGAGGAAAGCGGAAUCAACCACUUGGUUGAAAGAAUUGAAGAAGCCUAUAUUGAGCCGUUUGUUAUUGGAAUAUUCCCGAAAACAGAUGCUGAAAAUCUUAGGUUCUCUAUAAAUUUCUUUACUGCUAUUGGAUUGGGCAAGUUAACCGAAAGAAUGAGAGUGUCUUUGGAAAACCUUCCUGUUGAAGCGGAAGCUAUUGCUGAUGGUGAUGAUGAUAGCGAUUCCAGCCGAGGAAGAUCCAGAUCCAGAUCCUCAUCGUAUUCAUCGUACUCCUCAAGCAGAAGUAGGAGCUAUUCAAGGUCUAGAUCAGCGUCCCCCAAAGACGAAGAAAAAGAGAACCGUGGAAGAGGUAGAGAAGAGCGGUCGAGAUCAAGAUCACCUGCUGACAGAGAGAGAAGCUUUUCCAGGUCCAGGCCAACAUCUCCAGAUAGGAGACCACAAAGAGGUCAGAGUACUAUUCCAAGAGGGCCCAGAAGUCACCGCGGUAGAGGGUAUAACAGUAGAGGUAGUGGAUACAGAGGCAAUAGAGGAAGGGGAUUUGGCAGCUACAACAAUAAUCGUGGAAGUAGAGGUUAUAGCAGUCAUAGCGGAUAUGGCAACGGUCGGGGGAGAGAUUAUUAA